GUUGACUUAUCGUGUACCAGCGGGCUUAACUCGCAGCAGCAGAAGAAGAAGAAGACGCAGCAGCAGAAGAAGAAGUGCAACAACGAGAGGAGGAAGAAGAAAAGAUCUUUAGUGAAUGUCUGUAAAUAUUGAGCUGCCACUUGCUUUUUACAGUAAUGUCCCAGCAACCGCCUCCGCCAGCAAACCCACAGGCAGUACUUCAGCAGCCUCCACAACAACAACAGCAACAGCAGCUCAACCAACAGCAGGAUUUCGACCCUGUUCAUAGGUUUAAAAUGCUGAUUCCUCAAUUAAAAGAGAGUUUACAGAACGUAAUGGCCAUCGCUUCACAAAAUUUUGCACACAAUACAGCAAUUGAUAACGGAAUUGCAGUGAGGGCAGAAAAGCCACUCUCACCAAGAAAGAGUAAUGAUUCCACAGUUCAGCGAUUUGACAAGAGUUUAGAAGAGUUUUACGCCCUCUGCGAUCAACUGGAGCUCUGUCUGCGCCUGGCUCACGAGUGCCUCUCUCAGAGCAUUGACAGUGCCAAACACUCUCCAAACCUGGUGCCUACAGCGACCAAACCUGACACAGUGCAAACAGAGUCUCUGUCUUAUUCUCAGUAUCUCAGCAUGAUCAAGUCUCAGAUAUCUUGUGCUAAAGACAUCCAUAAUGCUCUGCUGGAAUGCUCCAAGAAAAUAGCGGGAAAGAGUCAGCAGCAAGGCAUCCUUUAAUGGUGCUAAAUUUCAGGUGCUGUGAGUUUGCUUCAACUUACAUGUCCUUAGAUCACCCUGUGAAGGAAGGUGUUUUUAGAUGGGGUUUGUAAAUAAAAAAUAACACAAAAUAAAAUUUUGGUUGAAAAAGUGUAACGUUGGAAAAGUUCUAGGAAAUGCACAUACUCAUUGGUUGCUUAAUUAAACUGCUUAAUUAAAUUGUGAUAAUUUGUGCAUUGAUCAAGAACCUGGCAUGUGUUUUUAUUUGUGAGCUUAGACAUUGUCAUAUUUUAAGACAUAUUCUGUCAGGUCUAUUUUUUAAUAAGGUGUGCAUAAAAUUAAAACUAAAUUGACAGCAAUAUAUUCAACCCUGGUCAAUCAUUUGUUUAGUUUUGCUCUGUCAAUGAAAAUAGUUCCCAUAGAAGCCACAGCUUGAUACAGUAUUGCAUGUUGCCAUGCAGCACACAGACUGACUGACAGCCCGUAGUAUGUGUCAAUUUCAAUGCAAUAAAAUGUUGCUAGAAUUGGAAUCUUAUGUAGCGAACACUGACAAGCGGAAUGAUAGAAACAGUACAAGGUACCAGUGCUGUUUCACUAAAUAUCAGCAUUCUUGGAAUGCCAUUUUUCUAAUCGAAUUAGUCGACUGGAACUAACUUAUAUAACUAGACAUAUAAAUAAACAACAACAACAAAAAAAUCCAAAAUUAACACAAAUAAUCAAACAACUUUGUAUUUACAUUCAUCGAUCUUGUAGUACAGUUUUGUGUUAAUGUUUGCAUAAGCCAAAACAAAGUAAAAAUUUCCACUGGAUUUACGAAAGUUUGGGAAGUGCUGAUUUUCUUUGUACUCGUGCAUAUGUUGAUGAAUGCCAGUCACCCAUAAAUUGUAUGGUGCAAUUGUAUCACUAAUAAAGUGUUGCACAGCAUUAAAAGGAAAUGCCGUGGAAAAUGGAA